AUGGCAUCAUCCAGUGAAGAGCUUACUUCUGACAACAGCUUUUCAUCUGUGAAUGGCUCAGGGAAUGAGAACAGUGCCCAAGGAACAGAUGGACCUUCUGACUCAAGGUGUCCUAUCUGCCUGGAAAGAAUAAGGAACGUGGCCUUCUUAAAUCCCUGUUUCCAUAGAUUCUGUUUUGUUUGCAUCCUGGAGUGGUCGGAAAGGAAAGCAGAAUGCCCACUCUGUAAGCAACAUUUCCACUCUUUUUUUCACAACAUAAAUUCUGACACUGACUUUGAAGAGUACAUUAUUCCCUUUGAAAAUGCAUCCUAUGGCCUGUGUGGGGAGAGGUCAACAAUUGACCAACGACCUGAGUCACUGUCAGACAAUGGGAUCUUGUAUGAAGGAUACUCUGAAGGUAGGAUGAGAACACUUGAUGAGCUGAUGAGACAGCUUGGAAUAAGGAGGUCAUCCCAUCCAGGAGGCAUAUCCCUUGGGCAAAUUCGAGAGCAGGUGACAAUUAAGUUCAGGAGGGGCCUUUAUCGAUCUGGGGCACGCGUCAGGAAUGUCCAGAGUGGAGGUUUUUAUAGGGAUAUAUCAGCUGAUUUUUUCCACAGGAACCCUGUCCGUCUUAACAGGUUGGUUCCCUGGUUGAAGCGUGAACUAAGAGUGCUCUGCGGUACACAUGCAUCCUUGAUCAACAACAUACAGCAUAUCAUAUUGAACAACAUAACUAUCUUUGAUCUGGACAGCCAAGCAUUUGCUGACAUUGUGCAGCCUCAUUUACUCCACUACACCAAUCAUUUCUUGCAUGAAUUCAUCAAUUUUGCUCGCUCCCCUUUCAACAUUAAGGCCUAUGACUGGAGAGCCACUUAUGACAUUCCCUUUCCAAUCCAUGAUGAUGGGUUCCAGUCCAAUUCAUCAUUUACUACAUCAUCUUCAGAAGAAGAGGAGGAGGAGGAGGAAACGGAAGACUCUGAUGAGAAUGAGGGGGAAGAUAGAGAAUCAGUGACAAGUAAUGAGGAAGGAACUUGGGAUGACGAAAUACAAGGAGCAACCAGUUCCAGUUCCAGCCAGACUCUGGAUGAGUUUUUUCUUCCUUUUGGGUCCUCAGAUGGAGCACUUGUAAGAAGUCAGGACAACAUGCACGUAUUUUUCCAAGCUGAUGCACAUUUAGGGUCACACAAUAGGCACUGCCCAUUACACGAACGUGUCCUCAACGAGAUAGAAGAGAGUAUGCCAAUGCUAUGCAAGGCCAUCCCCAACUGUAUGGAGAGUGCACACCAAACUAUAGAUGAUAUUGAUGAUGAAGAAGAAGAGCCAGUAAACAAGCAUAAUGCCCUAAACAGUCAUAGCUUUGGUGGCAGCACUCAUAGUGGAAGUACAGCUAUCUCUAAUGUUGGCCAGACUGCAAGCAGUAAUCGAGUGUUUGAUGCUUUGCAGGUUUCAUCUCAAGAGCAAGAAACAGAUAGCAUGGAUCAGACAUCACCGCAACAAAAGGACAUGGUAAGCACCAAGCUGAUCCAUCACAAAGGAGAGGAGAUCAUUGUUAUUGAGGUGCUUCAACCCAAAGCAGAAGACAUUUUGGUUAUCGAGCACAUAGAGUUGAAAACAAGAGAAACAAAUGACACUGGUCAGAUGGCAUGGCAAGAUGAAGAAAAGGGUAGCUCUACAGAACUGCACUCCUCUGCAGAAGACACACCAAGUGGUUCUGAUACCAAGAGGAAGGGUGGAUUUUUUUCAUUUAUCAGAAGACCUUGA